AUGAUUUUAUCAUGGAAAGAAAAUCACAGAAACAGUGAAGUGUUUUCAAAAAUUGAUAAUAAGCCACACGCAACGCAAAAUAAUCACGAGAAUAUUAAGACCAGCAAAUCUAAAACGUUGUCUUCUGUGUUUUGCUCUCAAGUUAAAUUUUUUAUUGGUGAACUUGAAAAAACUGUCUCGUGGUUUAUUCGUUGUGUUAAACCAAACGAAAAACAGAAUUUCACCGAUUGGGAUGAGAUUCGAGUUCGACAGCAGCUGGAAAAUAGUGGAAUGAUUGUGGCACUAGAAUGGAUGGUAUGCGGAUAUCCUUGUCGCGUUCCUUUCGAAGAAUUGUGGAAGCGUUAUGGACACCUUUUACCUCUAGUUAUGCGUUCCUCUGUUACGCCGGAUGAAUUCGCAAGAUUAAUUUUUCUAGUCAUUGGCACAAAUCCUUCUGACUUUCAGCUAGGAAAAACGUGUGCUUUUUUUCGACUGGGUUCUCUUUACGAUAUAGAGACACUUAAGGAUGUUGCUCGAGGAGACGAACGUCGUAUUGUUGCCCAACGUAUUUACGAGUUCUGGUUACGAAAACGGCUUAAACGAUCUUUUUUUCUUGUACGCUGUUUAAUACGGUUAUCCCGAAUAUUAUGUUACAAUCGUUGCUUUAAAUUAGCAAAAGAGGCUCAACAAUAUUAUUACACCAAGGUUCUCAAUCGACGCAAUAAGAUACUAGUAAUUCAGCGUGCAUGGCGAGAUUUCUGUAUAAAAAAACAAUUAAUUUGUAUUGCAAAAUCUAAAAUUUCCUCCUUUUGUCUUCGAUGGAUCCGUUGUCGGAGAUUUCACAAAUCAAUUAAAUAUGUUUCUAACCUUCAGACACUUGUUCGCGUUCGUCUGCGUCGGGAAAAAUAUUCCUCUUGUAUAACUUUAGUAGAACUUAUCCAGAGUUGUUCAUUUACAACAAUUCGUCGUAACAAUUUUUGGCAAAAUCAUCAACGAAAACGCGAAACCAAGGCCGUUAUUUUUAUACAGACUUGGUGGAAACACAAGAAGCGUCCACAAUUACAAAUUCUGAUAUCUGGUAAAGGUUCUCGCGACGUAUUGACGGACGAUGUUGUCGACACCGGUUUUAACUGCGAUCAAAAUUCUUCGUGCGAUAAUGAGACUACACCCAUGCAACUAAAUGACGAUGUAAAUAACCAGGUGUAUCGCCAGGAACGCAUAAUUGAUCAACCGCUUCAGAAAAGAAGUGAACCGGUUGACACACAAAGCACGUUGUCUAUUCAAGAUGUUUUAUGUAAAUCACCGGUUACUAGCUGUCUCAGUCGAAAAUCACUAGAUUAUAUAUCGAACACUGCUGAGAAACAAUUUAUUUGCUCUUGUGAAAAAGAAAUAUCCGAUAGGUGUGAUUUUACAACAAAACCAUCACCUAAACUUUCGCCGGAACAAGCAUAUUCUAGAACAUCGCUCAUUCAUGAAUCAUACAAUUCCUCAGCUUCCAACGAGAAACUUAUGCCACUAGAAAUCGUUCCAACUGUGUCCGUACGCACACGAGAGUGUAGGAGCGAUACAAAUGGCUUUCUUACUUCUGAACUACAGCAUACACUGAUAAAAAAACGUAACUCUAUUAUAACACCUACACGUUCAAUGACAACUCCUCGCUACUACCAAGCUGCAUUACUUGAUAACUCCACAGAUGAAUAUGAAAUCGCUGAAAAAGAUUCGGCAGUUGUAAAUAAUUUUCCAAAUUUUGACCUACAAAAACCACAAGUAAAUAUUAUAUCCACUGGAACUAACACAAGCGAGUAUAUGUCUUCACGAGACCCCAACAGUACUUCGGAUAAAUCUUUUAUACGUUUGUUAUCUUCACCCACACACAACAUUAAAACAAUAUCAACUAACCGUAAAGAUUAUUCAGAGUCAUUUAAGCAAGAUAUAUGUGUUUCAAAAAAUACUUCUAAAAUUUCGUCCUGCAUACCCGAACCAAGUGGUAUUACAUUAAAACCUAGUUUGGAAAUGCUAGCAGAAUCAUCCCCGAUAAAUAGAAGUAGUUCAAGAAAUUCUACAGAAAUUUUUUCUCCGUCUGUUAUUUCAACCAAUAAAACUUUAAAAAACACUCCAAGAAUUUGUUUUCUAUCACCCACAUUAAACAGCAACACAUCCAAAAUUACUGUAAAUACCUUUUCUCAAUCAUUCAUAGAGAACAAUAACACAUCAGAAAACGUUCUUAGAAUUUUUUCAACGCCAGCUACAUUAAGCAACAGGUCAAAAAGUGUUGAAAAAUAUCGUUUUGACUCAUCAGCACAGAAAUGCAAAAUUCCACAGACACACAACACUCUUAUGUCGGACUUUUCAGAAGAAAGAAUCAAUCCAGAAAAAUUCAAUCCUGAUUUAUUUUAUGGAUCUACACAAAACCGCUUGAGUAUUUCGAAACCCCUUGUAGUUUCUCUUGAAUCUCCACCACAACAAAUGGUACUAUCGCUAUCUAAUUCUGAUGCAUUGCCAGAGUCCCCUCAACCUUCACAACCAUUACCUCUUCCCCGUAGCUCUUUGGUCUUGUUGAAUAAUGAAAUGACUCAGUCAAAUACACUCGUGUCUUCCACAAAAAAUAAAGACGUUUCAAAGAGUAUUUUAAGGGAUGAGAGGUUUUCAAACGAUUUAUAUCCUUUAAGAAAAAAUCGAGUUUCUGAAACCUAUACCACGCAUGUAAAUGUUACUUCAAAACAGCUUUUUUUCACCGAAGAGCCGAACAACACCUUAGACAAUUUACAUCCAAAAUUUUUCAAACGGCGACAAGACUCAUCUAAGCGAAGAUGGUCUGUUGUCUCGGAAGUUCGCAUUCCGUCAACUGAUUCACUUAAAGCUACAGAGCCGAUAAUUGAGCACAAAAGAAAAAAACUCGGCUCGCAUCCAACUGUUUUAAGGCGUUCUCGUUCUGAUAGUUCUACCUUUCUAAAUUUAGAUAGCCAAGGUUUUCACGUGAACAAUAAUUUAUCAAAUCUGGUUGAAUAUCAAGGAGAUACCAAGAAUUCUCAUGCGCAUACUAAAUCUUCUGAACCACCUAUAUAUUUACCAGAGCUAAGUAAAAAAAGAAAUUCGUUAAAAUAUACUUUUAUUCAUGACGCUUCAAAAGAAUUAAACAUUCAAAUAAAAUCCUCCUCAAACUACAAAGGAAAGCAGUUUUUUACAUUAGACCAAACGCCAGAAUUGCAAAAUAAUAUAUCUCAUGUUCCUGAUGAAAAUAUGCAAUGUUUCAACAACGAUCAAAUUCGUUUUGUAGCAUCAUUGCUUGAUUGUAAGGAAAAUAUCUGUACCGAAACUCACCAUUUAACAAAAGAAAAGAAGGCAACCUUUUCGUAUCCGUAUGAUAAUAAACCUAAAAACUUCAUAAGUGAUUAUGUGGAUACUAAGUAUGAUAAACGCAAUGGUUCAAAAAAUUCUUCAAAAACAUCGGAAAGCUCGUCUCCAGUUCAUGUUAUAAGUAAAGCCGACUUCCGUGAGAGCCCCAUGUCAUUAAAGUUUAAUUUAUUAGAAAACUCUAGUGAAACUAACCAAAAUUCAAAAUUACUAAUCAACCCUCUAUUAUUAAUGCCUCAGCAUGAACGCAACCGGUCACAAGACAAUGAUACGCAAAGUUUAAAUGGUCAAAGCAAAAAUUACCCUUGUCAAUCUCCCUUGAAACAUCAAAUUUAUCCAGAUCCUCGACGAGUAUCUUGGCUCUUUAUGGAGGGAUCACUAUUAGGGGAUAUUACAGCUAAAGACAGCUCAACACCAAUAAGUAUACAUGAAAGUUUAAAAAAAAGCUCUUUUAGUGUUUCUAGUGAAAAACGGGGUUGUAGUGUUAUUUGUCCUGAAGAAGACAUGGCCUCACCACUGCUUUCCUAUCGAUCAGUUUUGCCAAAUCCAGUAGCUGUAAACUCAUUUAUUGAAAAUUCCCACCUACCGUCGCGGCGCUCUAUUAUCAUUACAGAUGAGAUUCUGUUUGCGAAAGAGGGUUUGACAAAAACUUCUAAGCCUGACAUUCCACCUUCCAACACAGUUGCACCAUUUCCUAAUUUUUCGGAAAGUUUUGAAGAGCCAAGCCUGUUGAAACGCACUCCGUCAGCCACAGCGAUUUUUCCCAAAAGCCGUAUUCCACGUUUAAGACGACGAAAGCGAGUUCUUCAUCAUCAACCGAUAUCUGAGGACGUACAAACGUCUGUUUCAAAUUUUACUAUUAAAAAUUUAGGUAAAAAUUCGGGUAGUUCUUUAAAAAAAUUAGAGAUACCGUCAAACAACUUUAUCUUUACGUCAACAAACGGAUGCCAUGAAUCAAAAUUUAUUCAUACAAACAUGCUGGGGCCACCAAAAACUUUUCAUAGCAGAUCCUCUACCAAAACACUAGAUGAUGCGAGGACACAAGCUAUUGAUAAAGUGCCUACGCUGUGUCAAAAUAAAUUAUCAAGGUUUCGUGAAGAGACAAACAAGUCUUACUGUGCCUCUUCAAAAUUACCCCGACUUAAGUGAUUGAUCGUCAAAUUAGUUUAAUAUCUGAUUAUUAACUUAAUUUACUUUUUUAACGCUUUUUCAUUUUUACAUUAUUGCGGUGAUUGUUACGAGAAUCUAUAUAACAUUUUUUUUUUUAAAAAAAAAUAUAAACGAAAGGGGUGCAAAAUUUAAAUACAAUUUUUUCUUCUUCCAUAGCUAUUUUCCGACCAUACGAUCAACAUGAUGUCUAGUGAUAGAAAAACUUAAUGUAUCUUUUCACCACUAACCGUAUCGAUAUGUACGAAAACAUAUAUGACCGACAAAAAUAAAUUUAUGGGUAUAUUUUUUUUUAUUGUCUUGCU